GCGAACGGCAGUCGGAACGCCGAGCAGACGCGCGCGCUCGUCUUGCACCUAACUUCUUCUUUUAUAAAUACAAUUUAUUCCAUAAAACAUUCGAAUUAUAAUCAGAUUCAAUUGAACUGUGACUUAUCUUUCAAUCGAGCGAUUUAACCCGAUCGUGUGCGCGCGGAACUUCUCAAUCAAAAAUCGAAUCGUUCGUUGACACCAAUCAAAAAGUCAAGUAGGUAGGUACUUUGCGACUGGAUGGACUAGGUUCGACGAAUACGUGUUACCACAGAAGUGUUGUGAGUUAAUUCCAGAUUUUCACCUGCAGCGGAAACGGCUUACGUAGACGAGUAGCGGUAAACGGUAAAACGGCGUCCGAGCCGCACGCGAGUUCUGUUGAGUAACCGCCAGGUUUCUAAAAAGUGCUUCGCUCGGUUGAUGAUACACAAACACCGUAGACUUUGGUGACAGCAUACACCAAACGCCGGAAAGGAUUUAGACCCUAAUUCCACUAUUUAGUGGCAGUGAUUAAAACAGAAUACCUACGCAACAGUUAUGGCUAUCUAAAUGUACUCUCAGUGAGACAAUAAGUGUAAUCCGAGGGGUGGAAGGUUACGUGCUGGUGAAUAGUGCAUGGCGCGAUGAUCAGCGGUGGCUGGGUUUGUGCCCUGCACGUGCGGACCGCCGGGCUAGGAGGCGCCGCAUUGGGCUCCGAUGAGGAGGAGAUCGUCUAUCUUGCCUACGUCGUCAUCGAUGUGCUCACCAAUCAGGUGAUAGGGCAAAGAGAAUUUGCCGUGCGGCCGACUAGACGGCCGUCAGAAGAGUUACAGACUGGACAACCCUUAGAAAUAGUUAUAGAAAGGUUCGACGAGUUCGUGCGCUCGCUGCAGGUGGACCCUCACUCCCCCCUCUUCAGGCUCGUCACAGACGGACAGCCCCCGUUAAGACAAUGCCUGUUCCCGGAGGCGUGCAGCAAGGAGCUCACCCUCCCCCCCUACUACGCGCGCGUCCACGACCUGCGCAAAGAGUACGUGCGCGCGUACACGCUGCGCGCGGUGGCGCCCCCCGCCGCCGCGCCGCCCCCGCCGCCGCCCCCUGACCACCCCGCCUCGCUGCUCGACAUGCUCAACUACCUAGGUAUAGCUCCUUACGCUGGAGACAAUUUCUACGCCGCUGAAGUACAAGACAUGACCAUGAUUAUACAGAGGAUAAUUUCCGACGGGUAUCGGUUAGAACUGCCUGAGACGGUUGACUUAGUUUUAGAAACUGGAAUUUGCUCAAAAGACGAUGAGAUCGACGGCAACUGCAUAGUCCGCGCGCGGGGCCUCCCCUGGCAGUCCUCGGACCAGGACAUCGCCAAGUUCUUCCGCGGCCUGAAUGUGGCCAAGGGGGGCGUAGCCCUGUGUCUGUCCCCGCAGGGCCGCCGCAACGGCGAGGCGCUAGUGCGGUUUGUGUCUCAGGAACACAGAGACAUGGCGCUCAAACGACACAAGCAUCAUAUCGGCCCGCGAUACAUUGAGGUGUACCGCGCGAGUGGCGAGGACUUCCUGGGAGUGGCGGGUGGCGCCACGUGCGAAGCGGCGGCCUUCCUGUCGCGCGGCGCGCACGUCAUCGUGCGCAUGCGCGGGCUGCCUUACGACGCCACGCCGCAGCAAGUGCUGGAGUUCUUCUCGUCGGGCGAGGACCCGGUGCACGUGCUGGACGGCGUGGAGGGCGUGUUGUUCGUGCGGCGCGCCGACGGCCGCGCCACCGGGGACGCCUUCGUGCUCUUCGCCAAAGAAGACGACUCGCCCAAAGCGUUGUCACGGCACCGCAAGCUGAUCGGCGCACGGUACAUCGAGCUGUUCCGUAGUACCACGGCUGAGGUUCAACAGGUUCUAAAUCGGUCCCUGGAGAACCGCACGAGCGCCAGUAGUACACCGUCAACGGCAGCGGCGCCGGCCGAGGGACUGCUGCCGGUGGCGCUGGUACCGCAACAUGUCAUCACCUCCGGCACAGCCAAGGAUUGUGUGCGACUGCGCGGCUUGCCCUAUGAAGCUCUGGUCGAGCACAUACUUACGUUCCUGGACGAGUUUGCCAAGAACAUCGUAGUCCAGGGAGUGCACAUGGUCUAUAAUGCCCAGGGCCACCCGAGCGGAGAGGCGUUCAUCCAGAUGGACAGCGAGACUAGUGCCUUCUUGUGCGCGCAGCAGAAACAUCACCGCUAUAUGACCUUCGGCAAGAAGCAGCGCUACAUCGAGGUGUUCCAGUGCAGCGGCGACGACAUGAACCUGGUGCUGACGGGCGGCGUGUCGGCGGCCGCCGCGCCCAAGGUGGUGUCGCCGGGUCCGCUGACGUACUACUACCCGUCGCCACUGGCGGGAGCCCUGGCGCCUCCGCCCCUCGUGUACUGGGGCUACCCCACGCCCCCCGUGUCGCCCGCGCAUUACUACCACCCGCCUCAUCAUCCGCAGACUAUGAUUCCAGAAGUGGUGUCAGUGGGCGGAGGCUCCCCGCUGCCCAUCCCGCCGCCCGCCUGCCCCGACCCCUGGCCCGUCUACAUGGUCAACUGACGGUACCACAUACGCCAGCCGAUAUUCUAACCUCAUACCUACGACAAAUUUUAAAAAUGAAUUAUUAGAAAAAAAAAAUGUUAACAUUAAAAUAAUCAAAACUUUUACAAGAAUUGAAUUAACUUAAACAUAUUUGUAGGAAAGGACGUACAUGAAAAUAAUUUUAAAAUUUGAUUCGGGUUUUGUCCGAAAAAAAUUAAAAAUAUGGUAACUCUAUUUCAGUAGUGAGUGAAAUGAUUUUUAAAAGAGAAAAAAUCUUACUAAUAUGACUACUUACUUAUACUUUUUAUACUACAUAAAAAUAUAUCGUCGACAUAAAAGGUAGAAAUAAUAAUGACGGUUGGUGUGCUUUAGUAGUAACCUUGUAGUCUACACGUUAGUAGUAUUUUUAGAUAUAAUUUGAAAAUAUAAGACCUGCGGGUUUCUCCACGUCGAGCUCAACUAAAUUAUUUAUUUAUUUCGUUGAUUCUUCUUAUAUUUUUUUAAAAUUUAAAGUUCUAUUUGAUUGCUAAAUAAAUUUGUUAUUUUGUACCUAUAGAAUAUCCUUGUUUUCCAGUACAGCUUCGUUUCGAUGCUUCAAAUUAUUUUCGUGCUGAAGUUAAAUCUUUGUAGAAAUAUUUCAAAUUACCUUCAUGCCCGCGAAGGUAAAUGUACAAAGCAUCUUCUAAGUUUAAAAAACGUUAACAUCACUUGCCAAGUUUUAUAAAAUGACACCUACGGAAUCAUAAACAAACGGCUCAAAUUACUUAAGUGAUAUUUAAUGAAGCGUUAUUAUCUGAAUAGAUUUUAUUAUUUAAAGGAUAUUAUUUAAAAUAUUACUGAUAAUUGCCACAAAAUGUAGACAUUUAAUUGUAGAUUAUAGUCUUAUUUCAUCUGUUGAUCUUUCUGAUAUUUUAGUGACGAAUCUUAAUAAUUAUUUUAAUGCGAUUACAAGCAUAAGAAAAGCGAAAAAUGGAUGAAAUGUAGGUUCCAGUAUGAAUAUCCUAUAUCGUGAAUACAUUGCACAAAGCGCCAGUUGGUGACCAAUAAAUAUUAUUGCAACUUUGGUCAAUAUAUUUGUUACAUACGACAUUUAUAAUGGAACACACAUAAUUAUCAAGUUUAGUGUUGCUAUCUUUAACAAUACAGAAUGUACGAAUACAUAUCUCACUUAUUCUGACAACGAAUGUGUAACAGUGAUAUUAAGGUGCUGUUGUUAAUAUUUUUGUAGCGAAUAAACCAAAUAUAUGUUAUUUACUUUAUUCACUAGUUGUAUAGAUGUAAGGGAACGCUCAAUUAGUGUUACUAUAGAAAUAAAUUGCUAACAGAAAAAAAAAUGCCAUAACAUUAAGUAUAAUCGUGAUACCGGACAUUUGAGUAAGUCGCAAGCUAGAUCAAGAAUUUGUACUUAGACUUCUUAAUAUUAAUCUAUAAUACAAUCUUACUAAAGUGUCCUUUAAAGUGCUCAAUUUUGAUAAGAAAAAAGAAAAGAAUAUUCAAGCCGAACUUGACAUAGACAUUUUGUUUUGUGAGCUUAGUAUAGUGAAUUUGACUGUAAAAUUGUAGCUGAUGGCUCUGUCGAGCUUUAGGAUAAUAUAUAUUUUUUAAAUUACCACACGUGGUAUAUUCCUGACUGCUCCAAAGGUCAGUUCAGUAGUAAGGAUAGUAUCAAUAUCGACAGGAUGCAUCUAAACAAUUAGAUUAUAGGUAACAGUCGAUAGUUCGGCAACACUGCUCCAUUGCCAACGGCCAGUAAAUGUUAAGUUUGGCUUGACUACUAGUUAAGUUCAAGUAGACUAAAACGAAAUCGUCUCGAAGUUCUAGGAUAUUUAGGCAAGCGUUCUAUACGAAUUAUUUCUUCAUAAAUUAUGAUUUUAAGAUCGUUACUACUCGUCUUCCUACGUGUUUCCAUCUAUAGGUAUAUCGUGCCCUAUAGCUUUUAUUACAGGAAGCAAUAUAAUUAAUUCCUAAUAGAUUUAAAUACCACCUAUUGAUAGCUAGUUGAUACAUGUUGUAUAUUUUAUUGGCAUAAUAUUAUUAGAUAUUAUGAAAAGCAACAAAAUCUACGUCUUCCAAUCGCGUUAAAUGAUAUAAAAUAAAAUAUUUUUUUAUAUUUAAGUAGAUAGAUACUUACGUCACAAAUUUCGUGAUACGGUAGUUGUUAGUGUAAUCAACGUUUAAAUGAAAGUAUUGGCAUGAUUUGAACUGAAAAUAUAAGCAAUACUGAAAUGUUAAGAUGUUUGAUAUGUUUUAAGAUAUUUUAAAUAAAUUUUAAGUCUGCAAACCAUGACGUCCAAAGCAGCAUGACCGUUUAAAGAAGGAAAUACUAUUAGAACGAAUAUUUAGCCCUAUUCAGGCUUAUAUUUAUACAUUAUAUAGAAAUGUCUAUUGUAUCAUACUUUAUGUUAGUAACUUAUAAAAUAUAUUCUAGUUGAAUAUUUGUUUACUGAACUUAAAUUAGGAAUUCGUUCAAUGGCAUUAUAAAAAGAAAUCAUAUUUAAUCUAUAAAUAAUUCGUUAUUGUCUUAUACUAAACUUGGUAUAUUUGUGUUACGAUUUUAAUUUAGUGUUCUCUAUUACGUUAAUACGUUCUUAAAAUUUCAGAUAAGGAUUUUAAUUUAUUGUUUCAAAAGUUCGAUAUAUAUAUAUAUAGAUUAAAUAGUUUAUUCGAUUUCAUUUUAAAUAAAUAACUUUCAUUGUUCGUUCAUAAUAAUUAUGUUACUUGAAGAAUCUGUUACUUAUUUUCGUGAAAAUUAUUGUAUUCGUUUGAAUUAUACAUAGUUAUAUUUUUGUUACUUUUAUAUUGGAUGCCUGUUGACCCAGUGAUAAUGUUUUUCGUGAUCUAUUUGAGCUAAAUUGUUACCUUCUGUUGUUCUUUUAUAGGUCUGUUGAAGUACUAAGCUCCUAGACGAUCAAUUGAACAUUGGCAAUUAGGAAAUUGUUUAUUGAUAAAUUCUAAUAUAAGGCGGCAGUGUCUGCAUGACAACAGCGCCGCGAAUAAUACCGAGGGCUUCAACCAAUAAACGCAGCGAAUGCUAUCUACGUAGAUGGACAUCGAACGGCUAUUGGUCGAAGCCCUCGGUGCGCUGCUCGGUUGCCGUGCCGCACGCGCCGUCUCUUAUUGACGUUGAUAAAAAUUGAUCGUCUAUGGAACGCUUUAGAAUGAUAAUUAUUUAAUAGUUGUUGUGUAGCUCUAUCAUUGUAGAUUAGUCAAUAGAACGUGCAAUGUUAGGAAAUAGAUGUUUCGAUAUUUAAUGCCAAAAUUGUUUGGUUUAUAUCAUACAAAGUAGUGAAUUGUUCCGAUAAAUAAAUGAUAAUUAUAGUUA